AGGACAAAGAAUCAAUUCAGAGAGCCCUCAGCCUGGAGCAGAGUCGGGCUUAGACUUCGAAUGGAUAAAAACAAAAAAAGGAUCAACAUGGAGCUUGUGGGCAUCUCUCCAGGGAUAAAUCACGUCACCUUGUGCUGGAGGAUGAAGAGGAGAUCCUUCACCUGAUCAAAGACGGCUAUGUUCUUCUCCCCAGAACACACCCUAUCUUCAAAUUCUAAUAAUUCUAAAUACCUGUGUCUCGGCGGCUAAUACUUCACAUCCUUUUAUGACAUUUGGAAAAUUUAGGGAGUGACUUCAAAGUGUUCUUUUGGAGAAAAACUACAGACGCUCAUUUUCCUUAUAAGAAGAGGAUAUGAAGAACUCACCAUUGUGGCUUAUAUAUGGUGCAGGCAGUAGGAGGCAACUUGAUCCAGAACAUAUUUCUGCUCAGAAGGAGAGGGACACCUGAAAAGAACAGCUCCAUUCAAAGAAUUUGGCCCAUUUUAAAAAUGGCAGGCGUGAGUGGCUGUAUAAAAUACUCAAUGUUUAUCUUCAACUUCUUUUUCUGGUUAUGUGGUUCUCUUAUCCUGGGAGUGUCAGUAUGGCUUCGUGUAAGCAACAGUGGUCAAGAGUUUCUGAAAUCAGAUGUGUCCAAAGCGGAUCUGUAUCCUUUGAUUGACCUACUGAUUGCAGUGGGCACCACUAUCAUGAUACUGGGCUUCCUCGGCUGCUGUGGAGCAGUGAGAGAAAGCAAGUGUAUGCUUGCCCUGUUUUUCGCCGGGUUGCUUCUGAUCCUGAUUCUCCAGGUAGUGGCGGGAGCCUUAGCUGUCACAAAAAGACCUGAGAUUGAACAGGCUUUUAACAAGACCGUCGAAGAAAAACUACCGCUUCUGCUAAUUGUGGGGGCUGAGUCUGAAAAAUUUCAGGGUCAUUUAAAAGAAUUUCAGAAGAAGUAUAAAUGCUGUGGCUUAGUCAGAGGAUACGAAGAUUGGGGAGAUAACUUUAAAAACAAUUAUGAAACCUGUAAAUGUCCCCUGGAGAGUAAAGACACAUGCUUCCAGUGGAAGGAAGACAUCUAUAUUUACAAACAGUCGUGCAGAGCUGCGAUAAUGAAUUACUUCCAGAACAACCUGAUUAUAGUUGCUGGCAUUGCAUUUGGAUUGGCCGUUGUGGAGGUCCUUGGUUUGGUGUUUUCUCUGGUUUUGCUCCUCCAGAUUGGGAAGAGUUGAAAAUGCAGAUCUGUUGAAGAUUCACCAGUCAAACGUUUGUCUCUUUCUCACUUGUUUUCGGCUUUCACUGUUGAGAUAGACAUCAGAAGCAGCUGUUUUGCUAAAUUAUAUCAUAGAGCCAGAUACAUGAAUAUCUUCCAGAAUUAAACAUAGUUAAGACCUGUGAGACAGAGUUGAUGCUUUGAAUAUCAGUUUUCCUUGCAAUAAAACCUUUGUUUAUACGGCGA